GCAGAAUCAAUUGAUCUCAAACAGUUUUUCGACCUACAUUUCUCACAUAUAUAUUAUGUGUUCUUUGAAAACUUUGUGACUAUUGAAGUAGGUUUUAAACAGAAAGGUCACAAGUCACAGAGAGAAGAAUUAGAUUCUAUUCUUUUUAUUUUUGAGAAAAUUUUGCAACUCCUUCCAGAAAGGAUUCAUCAGAGAUGGCAAUUUCAUAGUAUUGGGUUGAUUUUAAAGAAGCUUCUUCACACUGGAAAUUCGUUAAAGAUACGGCGAGAGGGCGUGCGUCUCUUUCUUUUGUGGCUGCAAGCACUUCAGAAUAACUGUAGUAAAGAACAAUUAUGGAUGUUUUCUUGCUUGAUUCCUGGAUUUUCAUCACCCCAGUCUGAAUAUGGCCCCCGAACACUAGAUAAUCUCAUUAACCCUCCACUUAAUGUUCAAGAAACUCAAGUGACUAUAGAGGAAAUCACUCCACUUGUUCCUCCACAAUCAGGAGACAAAGGACAAGAAGAUUUAACAAGCUAUUUCUUAGAAGCACUUUUGAAAUACAUAGUAAUUCAGGUUAAGAGUUUAGAAUGGAAGAACAAGGAAAACCAGGAAAAGGGAUUUUCAUUUUUAUUCUCAAAUUUUAAGAAAUACUACUUACCUUCUAUUUUCCCAAACAUCUGUAAGGAGACCAGCUUAUAUAACCCUAUACUUGAUAUACCACAAAUGAGACCAAAGCCACACUAUGUAAUGGUUAAGAAAGAUGCUGAAACCAAUGAGGCAAUAUAUUGCACAAAGGAGCCUUUUAUUAAGGCUCGUGUUAUUGUCAUUCGAUGGUUGGUGUCUUUCUGGCUUGAGCCAAAACCUCAUACAGGACCUCAUAUUCCUGGGAUGGAAGGUGAAAAUGUGCCAAAGAAUAUUCAGAGAGCAGCUGCAAGCAUGGCUUCAAGGGAGGACAGCAAAAAUGACAGUACUGAUAAGCAGGAUAGAAAUGCAGAGCCAGAACAAUCUCAUUCUAAUACAAGUACUCUAACAGAGAGGGAACCAAGUUCUUCCAGCCUCUGCAGUAUUGAUGAAGAGCAUUUAACCGAUAUUGAAAUUGUCCGGAAAGUCUUUUCUUCUAAAAGAAGCAAUGUUAAUUUUCUAACUGAGAUUUUUCGACAGGCAUUUCUGUUGCCAAUAUGUGAAGCAGCUGCCAUGAGGAAAGUGGUAAAGGUGUAUCAAGAAUGGAUUCAGCAAGAAGACAAGCCUUUAUUUAUGAAAGAACCUGAAGAAAUAAUGCAGUGCACAACUGUAGAUUGUGAUGAAAGUGUCGUUGACCACAAUUCAUCAGAGAAAGCAAAGGAAAGAGAAGAGGAAAAGGGUAUGAACUCCAGUCAUGUUAGAAAUUCAAACUGGGCAAGAAAUGGCUGUUACGAAGACACUUUGCAUAAAAUGUCUGAAAUUGAUACUGAAGAGCAAAAUGUACGAGCUGGAGUGCAGUCAGUAUUGCAGGUUUUUAUAAUAAAUUCUUCAAAUAUAUUCUUUCUUGAACCUGCAAAUGAAAUUAAAGCUCUGCUGGAUGAACACACCGAUAUGUGUAAACGCAUUCUUAAUAUCUACCGGCACAUGGUAGUCCAAGUGACUAUGGACAAAAAGACAUGGGAACAGAUGCUACUUGUGCUGCUCCGGGUUACUGAAUCUGUGCUGAAAAUACCACCCCAAACUUUCUUGCAGUAUCAAGGAAGAAAAAACUCCACUUUAGCUGGAAGACUUGCAGGACCUCUUUUCCAGACUCUUAUAGUAGCUUGGAUCAAGGCAAAUCUAAAUGUGUACAUCUCUCGAGAACUUUGGGAUGACUUGCUGUCUGUAAUGUCAUCUCUGACAUACUGGGAAGAGCUGGCCACUGAGUGGUCGCUGACAAUGGAGACACUAACUAAAGUAUUAGCUAGAAACUUGUAUAGUCUGGACCUCAGUGACCUGCCAUUGGAUAAAUUAAGUGAGCAGAAGCAGAAAAAGCACAAAGGCAAAGGCGUUGGACAUGAAUUCCCAAAAUCUUCCGUUGAUAAGUCCUUUUCUAGAGGCUGGAGCCGUGAUCAGCCUGGACAAGCACCAAUGAGACAACGCAGUGCUACGACCACUGGGUCUCCAGGAACGGAAAAGGCAAGAAGCAUAGUACGGCAGAAAACAGUUGACAUUGACGAUGCUCAAAUUCUUCCACGCCCACCUCGAGUCAGACACUUUUCACAGAGUGAGGAUGCUCCAAGUGAAGUUUUUGGUGCAUUAAACGAGGAACAGCCACUGCCACGAAGCAGCAGCACCUCUGACAUCCUGGAACCGUUCGCAGUUGAACGAGCCAAAGCUAAUAGAGAGGACAUGAGUCAAAAGCUGCACCCUAUUGAUAGUGAUAUUGGCAGUAGCAAUACAAAUGUUCCUGACCUCAUGGAUGAAUUUAUAGCUGAGAGACUCCGCAGUGGUAGUGCACUGAAUGUGACAAGAAGAGGAAGCAGUCCUGGCAGCCUGGAAGUUCCUAAAGACCUUCCUGAUAUAUUGAACAAACAGAAUCAAAUGCGUCCUAUAGAUGACCCAGGUGUGCCUUCCGAAUGGACAUCACCUGCCAGCGCGGGCAGUAGUGACCUCAUCAGUUCAGAUAGCCACUCUGACUCUUUCAGCGCCUUCCAGUAUGAUGGACGCAAAUUUGAAAAUUUCAGCUUUGGCACUGAGGCAGGGACACCAGCUUCCACUGACGUUGAUGCCAUUUCAGGACAGCAACAGAGUGCCGAGGAGCAAGAAGUGGCCAGUCUAACUACACUCCACAUAGAUUCGGAAACAAGUAGUCUCAAUCAGCAACCAUUGUCUGCUGAAGCUGCAACUAUUACUGGCUCUGAAAGUGCUUCUCCAAUCCAAUCUGCUCUUGGAUCCCGAUCACAGACACCCUCUCCUGCCACUCUUCAUGCAGAUCAUAUUGAGCAGAAGGAUCUGCAGCUGGAUGAGAAGCUCCACCACUCUGUUUUACAGACGCCAGAUGACCUAGAAACCAGUGAAUUCCCCUCAGAAUGUUGCAGUGUGAUGGCUGGGGGAACGCUUACAGGAUGGCACGCAGAUGUUGCUACUGUGAUGUGGAGGCGAAUGCUAGGAAUUUUGGGAGAUGUUAACAGCAUCAUGGAUCCAGAGAUUCAUGCCCAGGUUUUUGAUUACUUGUGUGAAUUGUGGCAGAAUCUGGCCAAGAUAAGAGACAAUCUUGGUAUUUCAACAGAUAACCUAACUUCGCCAUCUCCACCAGUUUUAAUUCCACCACUGAGAAUUUUAACACCAUGGCUGUUCAAGGCAACAAUGCUGACUGACAAAUACAAACAAGGAAAGCUACAUGCUUAUAAACUCAUUUGUAAGACAAUGAAGCGAAGACAAGAUGUUUCUCCAAACAGGGAUUUUUUAACUCAUUUCUACAAUAUAAUGCACUGUGGACUUCUUCAUGUUGAUCAAGAUAUUGUCAAUACAAUCAUCAAGCACUGCUCUCCUCAGUUCUUUUCACUUGGUUUGCCUGGUGCCACCAUGCUUAUUAUGGAUUUCAUUGUAGCAGCAGGAAGGGUGGCUGCUUCUUCAUUCCUCAAUGCACCAAGGGUUGAAGCACAAGUUCUUUUAGGAUCUCUAGUCUGUUUUCCCAACUUAUAUCAUGAACUACCAGCUCUUCAUCCAAACAUUCCUGACAUUGCUGUGUCUCAGUUUACGGAUGUUAAGGAACUCAUAGUUAAAACUGUGCUAAGUUCAGCAAGAGAGGAGCCAUCUGGUCCUGCACGAUGUGUUGCUCUUUGCAGCCUUGGCAUUUGGAUCUGUGAGGAGCUAGUUCAUGAAUCACAUCAUCCUCAGAUCAAGGAAGCAUUGAAUGUGAUUUGUGUUUCCCUAAAGUUUCCAAAUAAAACAGUAGCCCAAGUUGCCUGCAGUAUGCUGAACAUGCUGAUACAUUAUGUACAUAGACUUCAAGUGUAUCAAGCUGAUUCACCUUUAAGAAUUAUUCAAAUUCUGAUAGCAACUAUUACCCAUCUGCUACCCAGUACAGAAGCUUCCUCUUAUGAACAGGACAAGAGGUUGGUGGUUUCUUUACUUCUGUGCUUAUUGGAUUGGAUAAUGGCCUUGCCGUUAAAGACCUUGCUGCAGCCUCUUCACACUACAGGAGCAGAAAAUGAUAAGACUGAAAGAUCCGUUCUUAAUUGUAUAUAUAAGGUUCUCCAUGGAUGUGUCUAUGGGUCUCAGUGUUUUAGCAACCCUAAAUAUUUUCCUCUAAGCCUUUCUGAUUUGGCAUGUGUGGAUUAUGAUCCUUUUAUGCAUUUAGAAAGCUUGAAGGAACCGGAACCACUGCACUCUCCAGACUCGGAGCGGUCUUCUAAACUUCAGCCAGUCACUGAAGUGAAAACUCACAUGCAACAAGGACUAAUUUCUGUUGCUGCUCGUACUGUGAUAACACAUCUAGUCAACCACUUAGGCCACUAUCCUAUGAGUGGAGGUCCUGCUAUGCUAACCAGUCAAGUGUGUGAAAACAACGACAAUCCAUACAGUGAAAGUCCUGAACUUUCUCCUGAACUUUUUGAGAACCCAAACCUUCAGUUCUUUGUGUUAAACAAUACUUCCCUGGUGUCUUGCAUACAAAUCCAAGCAGAAGAUGACAUGCCUGGAGGAGGACUGUCUGCUGGACUUGCAUCUGCUAAUUCAAAUGUUAGAAUUAUAGUGCGUGAUCUAUCUGGCAAAUACUCGUGGGAUUCGGCCAUUUUGUAUGGACCGUCAUCUUUAUGUGGAUCUUCACAACAGACUUCUUUUGCACUUUCGUUGUCUCAGCAAGACAAACCAGAAGAUGCUUUUUCAUCAUUUGAGCAUGUGGAGGAUGUAUCUGCAAGGGAUGGAAUUACACUCCAAGUAAAAAGGAAAUUUAGAGACACUGUACCAACAUGGGAUACCAUUAGGGAUGAAGAAGAUGCCCUUGAUGAGCUCCUGCAGUAUUUGGGUGUUACAAGCCCUGAAUGCUUGCAGAGAACUGGUGUCUCACUCAACAUUCCUGCCCCUCAGCCAGUCUGCAUCUCAGAGAAGCAGGAGAACGAUGUCAUCAAUGCAAUUCUGAAACAGCACACAGAAGAGAGGGAGUUUGUUGAAAAGCAUUUCAAUGAUUUAAAUAUGAGGGCUAUGGAACAGGAUGAGCCGACCUCACAAAAGCCCCAGUCAGCAUUUUACUACUGCAGAUUACUUCUCAGUAUACUGGGAAUGAAUUCUUGGGAUAAAAGAAGGAGCUUUCAUCUCCUGAAGAAAAAUGAGAAGUUACUUCGAGAACUCAGAAAUUUGGACUCAAGACAAUGCCGAGAGACACACAAGAUCGCAGUGUUCUAUGUUGCUGAAGGACAAGAAGAUAAACACUCCAUUCUUACUAAUACUGGGGGAAGUCAAGCCUAUGAGGAUUUUGUAGCUGGUCUUGGCUGGGAGGUAAAUCUUACAAACCAUUGUGGCUUUAUGGGAGGACUGCAAAAAAACAAAAGCACUGGAUUGACCACUCCAUAUUUUGCUACCUCGACAGUAGAAGUAAUGUUCCAUGUGUCAACAAGAAUGCCUUCUGAUUCAGAUGACUCUUUAACAAAAAAGCUAAGACAUUUAGGAAAUGAUGAAGUACACAUUGUUUGGUCAGAGCAUACUCGAGAUUAUAGAAGAGGAAUAAUUCCAACAGAAUUUGGUGAUGUUCUUAUAGUUAUCUAUCCCAUGAAAAACCAUAUGUUCAGUAUCCAGAUCAUGAAAAAGCCUGAGGUUCCAUUUUUUGGUCCACUCUUUGAUGGUGCUAUUGUGAAUGGAAAAAUUCUUCCUAUUAUGGUUCGCGCAACAGCUAUAAAUGCAAGCCGUGCAUUGAAAUCAUUAAUCCCGUUAUACCAAAACUUUUACGAGGAGAGAGCACGAUACCUGCAAACAAUUGUUCAACAUCAUCUAGAGCCUUCAACUUUUGAGGAUUUUGCUGCUCAGGUUUUCUGUCCAGCACCUUACCACCAUUUGCCCUCAGAGACAGAUCAUUAAAUAUCAGUUCUGUUUAUCUGAAGGCUUCUGCCCAGAGACUCAGCCGGGAGAAACUCCAGCAGCAGCAACAGCACAGGUGGAUGGAACAGACUUAGCCUCUCCAAUGUCUCCUCGGACUAGCAAGAGCCGCAUGUCCAUGAAACUGCGCCGCUCUUCUGGCUCGGCCAACAAGUCCUAAGCGGCGCGAUGCCUGCAGCUUUCUAGCCAACAGCGAUCGGCCACCCUUCCCGCAGCGACUCACCACUUCCCGUUAAAGGAUAAUGUCUCUAAUGUGUGGGUGCCCCUUCCCUGCGUACCCCUGUUCUGUAUGUUUAUUUUAAACAGUGACACUGGAAUUUUACUUUCAUAUUUUAGCUUUUGGUUUUUUAUCAAACUCCAGGCUGCCUUUUUUUUUUUUUUUUUUUUUUUUUUUUUUUUUUUUUUUUUUUUUUUUUUUUUUUUUUUGCAGUGCAGUUUGUCCUCUGCACCUUUUUACCUUCCUGGAUGAUUACAAUAUCUUAACAGUAGUCAUUUUUAACUCUGGUUAAUCUUGAGUCAUAUGGAAUUGGAGACUACAGUUUGAUUACACUAUAUUUAUUGUGCCCGAUUGCAAUUUCCUCUGUAACAAAGAAGGAAAUAUGUACAACUUGAAAAUGAAUGUACAAUUUUAAAUUGAAGUUGCAUUUGUAAAGUCUUUGUCAGAUGUCACAAUGUUAAUGGACAGGAUGUGUACAGAUUAUUUAUGUUAAGAAUAAAAUAGUUCAACGGCCUUUCAAGCAUUACAGAGUCCAAACGAAAUAACUUGCUCGUAGCACCAACUCUUCCUUCACAAAGCAACAUAUCAUUUCAUAACUGUGCAGGUGGUGUCGUAAUCUAUGCCAGAAAAAAAAAAAACAAAACAACAAACCACUGCUGAAAUUCUACUUCUGCUUGGCUUCCAAAUAUUUUUAUAAUGUUUUCUUUUCCAAGUGGUAUCAGUAGUAAAUGCCAUCAAGUUUCAUGGGGUUUAGCCAUUAUCACCGGGCUGCUGGGUAUAGUUGUAUAUUGUUUCUUACAUUUAAAAAAAAAAAAGAAAGAAAAAAAAAGCGCACUUUCCUGAUAGAAAUUCAUUGCUCUGAUGAUGUGUACUGGGGAAGAAAAGGGAACAUGCUCCAGGAGCCUGGCCUGAAACGCUGACGAUUCCAACCUUCUGCAGAUUAGUACACGCGUGCCACCCACCCAGAGAUAUUUUCCUACAGAAGAUGAAAUGCUCACAUUUUGAGUCUGGCAAACAACAAAAUGCUGUUAACAAAAUGUAGCAUGACAUCGGUACUAACUGCAUGUGUAAAUAUAUCAUAUGAGCAACAAUAAAAAGAUAAAUUAUGUAUUGUCAUUCAUGUAGUAUCUACAAAUUUGUAAUGGUUGAAAAGAAGACAUCCUAUUUAAUAAUACAAUAAAAUUAUUCUUACCA